CUCGGCCCGCGGAGGAGGAGCGGCAGCGCCGUGCGGGGCUCGGCAAGGACGCGGCAAGGGCGGCCAUGGGCAGCUCCAAGCCGCUGUCCCGCUUCUGGGAGUGGGGCAGGAACAUCGUGUGCGUGGGGCGCAACUACGCGGAGCACGCCAAGGAGAUGGGCAGCGCCCUGCCCGCCGAGCCGCUCUUCUUCCUCAAGCCCUCCUCGGCCUACGUGCGGGAGGGAUCCCCCAUCCUGCGGCCCUACUACUGCCGGAACCUGCACCACGAGGUGGAGCUGGGGGUGGUGAUCGGCCGCAGGGCCCGGGCCGUGCCGCAGGACGCGGCCAUGGAGCAUGUGGCGGGCUAUGCCCUGUGCCUGGACAUGACGGCCCGCGACACGCAGGAGGAGUGCAAGAAGAAGGGGCUGCCCUGGACCUUGGCCAAAGGGUUCGGCUCGUCCUGCCCCGUCAGUGACUUCGUGCCCAAGGAGAAGAUCCCUGACCCGCACAAGCUGCAGAUCUGGCUGAAGGUGAACGGGAAGCUGAGGCAGGAGGGGGACACCUCCUCCAUGAUCUUCUCCAUCCCUUACCUGAUCAGCUACAUCAGCCACAUCUUCACCUUGGAAGAAGGGGACUUGAUUCUCACGGGCUCUCCCAAAGGAGUCGGCUCCGUGGAGGCCAACGAUGAGAUCGAGGCGGGGAUCAGGGACGUGCUGUCCAUGAGGUUCAAGGUGGAGCAGCAAACACGGGGAUCCUGAUGCACACAUCCAGCCCGGAGCCUGCCUGGCACGGGGACAGCUGGGACACCAACACUCCCACGGCCCCAGGCACAGAGGGACUGCCACACAUCAAAGGCACGGAAACCAGGAGCCCAAAAUGCGUUGGACUGACACAACCCCAGUUCCAUGGAGGCUUCAGCAAACCUGGAGUCCAGCCCAGCCUGGAGCAGGCAGAGCCCAGAAGCUCCAGAUUCCAAAAUUCCAAAGCCAUACCUGGGAACUGGUGAUGGAGACACUGGGGAGGGGAAUGGGGCUGGCUGUCCCUUCUGUGUGUGCUUCUCUUCUGCUGAUACUUUGAGUUUUGCCUUAAAAUAAAAACUACUGAUCUAAACGAUUCAAAUGAUGAUGUAGGAGCUAAAGCUCAGCCAUGCUGCAGGAGGUCAGAGGUGUAUAUGGAGAUGUGCAACCCUAAAUCAAGAAUUGCAGCUUCACAAAAUGUUUCCUCUACAAGAGAAAGAUGUUUGAUUUUUUGGAUUAGUUUAGUGAUUCCUCCCUCCUUUUUUUCAAACAUAAAAAUUAAAGGAGGAUGGUUUCUCUUCCCACUCCAAGGGGCGAAGGCAGCAGGAAGUGUGCCAGAUGUUUGGCAGAUUGGUUUUUUUCCUAAACUGUGCUUUAAAUAUGUUCUAAAAGUGAAAUAAUGCAAAAAGAUCAAGAAUAAAGAAACAUGG